AGUUGUGGCAGGGAUUAUGCAAGAGAGAUUCCUGCGUGGUGAAUGUCAAGUAGUACGUAUGUAUGAUAUUGAUUUCAUAUUUUUUGAAAUUGUUAUUAUUGUUGUCAUUGAAAUCAUUAUUUCCUACGGUUUCUCGUUCUUUUUGUCCAUCCUAAGUAUUAUGGUGGAUUCUGCGAUGUUUGGAAGGAGAUGGAGAUCUUGAUGUGAUCACCUCGCGUCGCCAGAGAGUCUUUGCUUUUCCUCUGUGACCUCCUCCGUUUUUUGGUAGUUAUAUUCCAUCUCUCCCUCUUUCAGUAUUGGGAGUAAAGCGACCCUGAAGCUCUCUACGUGUUUCAGAAAAUUCCAGACUUCGGAAAUAAUUCCUCAGAGUGAACUGUAUUAGCAGGUUUUACCUUGUUGGAUUGUUGUUUGGAGGAUCACACUUCUCUUCAAAUUGUGACAGAGUGAAAUUUAAUGAGAAAACAGCUGUCCGCAUGCGCACCGAUUGUGUCCCUGAGUGCUGUACAUAUUUUUGAACCAGUCAAAGUGAAUCUGUUCUAGAUAUAAAUCCAAGACCGUUAGUAUCUUUACCUAUCUUUUCCAGAAACAUCCACAGUAAGAAGCACUGUUUCUUACAGAAAAGGUGGCUUUCGCAACUCGUAUCUGUUUAUUCAACUUCCUCUAUUUCUCUCACGGAAUCGCGGUGAUGAGCAUUCUUUGAAUUCGGCACUACUGGAUUGAUCUCGUGCAUCCUGUUUGGUCAUUUGUAGCUUCGUGAUCCACCUGGUCGAAUGUGUACACAACCAGGCCAGAGAUGGGUGGUGCAUUUUGGCGUAUGUUUUCAUAUGCUGCAUCUAUUGUCCAUGAGGAAUCAGUGAUUUUGUAGUGCUAGCCGGGCUGCACCUACAAUAUGUUGAAGUUGUGAAAUCUUUGGGCGGAAUUAUCCUGAAUUAUGUAACGGUACUUCCUUCGACAGAUUAAAACAAGGUCACACAGCAUGAUAUUAGAGAAGCGUUUGUUUUGUAUGGAAUCAAUAUUUUUAUGCAAAUUAGCUUGGAUAACUGAAUAGCAGGGGAUGCUGCAGUAUCCUAGCUGGCUCCAGCGUAGGUUGUUCAUUGAGAGUGAUUUUAUUAAUUUUUGCCGGAUGGGAAUACCUGGCGGCACACUUCGAUGUAUGACACGCAUGCGUGACUUAACUGAGAUCAACGCUGGGAACUCAUAUGCACAGUUGUAGCGAGGAGGCUUCUGAUCUGUUCUGGUAUUAUGGUUUGAGUUACUGUUGUGUCUGAAAGGUUGGUGCCUAUCGUUUGGCCACCGUCUUUGGAUUUUGCCGCCGAGGUGCUCACAAAUAGCUACCGAGGCCCAUAUUGGCAUACGAUCUCAGUGAAAACAACCGAUGAGACAAUUUUCGUAUUCAGCAGGGCUAAGAUUUUCACAUUCCAGGACCGGAGGGUUGUCGAUGACGCUUGAUCACUCACAGGCUGCAUUGAUGUUUUAGCUAGUCGAGGGUAAAGAAGCGAGUCACAGUGUAGGCAUGAUGCCUUUUUGGCCGGAUGAGUCAAGAGGAUCCUCAACUACCUCAACCUCAAAAUCUACCCACCACUCACUACCAUGUGGUCGAUAUCAUCCUUAUUCUCGGAAGAAACAAUUAGUUGGAAAUGUGACGUCGUUGUUAGCAUGGAGGGAGGUAGCACCAAGGGUUAAACGGCCUGCCAGGAGGCUAUGGGGGGAGGCUGCUUCUGGAAUUGUAGUACACGCAGGACCUCGGUUGGAAUCAAUCAGUGCGGAGUUGGCGCUCACGUCAUGGUUGGAGGCCGAAUCACUUCGUCAUUGCACUGCCAAAUAUUGCCCUCUACAACCAGCCCCACGGUCUACUAUAGCAGCAGCUUUCAGCCCUGAUGGCAACACCUUGGCCUCUACACAUGGCGACCACACAGUAAAAAUUAUCUGCUGUAGAACUGGCCAAUGUUUGAAGGUUCUAAGUGGACAUCGGCGAACACCGUGGGUGGUGCGUUUUCAUCCAGCAAGCUCGGAGGUGCUAGCUAGUGGGAGCCUUGAUAAUGAAGUGCGGUUAUGGAAUGCCAAUACAGCCGAAUGUGUAGCGUCUCAUGACUUCUAUCGACCAAUAGCCUCACUUGCCUUUCAUGCACAAGGGGACUUGCUCGCUGUUGCAUCUGGACAUAAGUUGUAUAUAUGGCAGUUCACGAAAGGAGGGGGUGCUGCACCGACCAUUGUCCUUCGCACUCGCAGAUCUCUGCGGGCUGUUCAUUUCCACCCGCUUGCUGCUCCUCUUUUACUUACUGCCGAGGUAAAUGAUUUGGAUUCUCCAGACUGUCCAAUGACUAUAGCCACAUCACAAGGCUACUUGCACUACCCACCCCCAGCAAUUCAUUUCACUCCGUCCACAUCAAGUACUCUGCCAUCCAACUCGUCUCUGUCGAAUCAAGCUUCUUUUAUGCCAUUGCCGAGUUGGUUCUGGCCGGUGCUAGCAACUGGCUCGGACCUGAUGUUCCAGUCAGAUCCUACUGUAGCUGUUGAAGUUAGAGAUGAUGGCAAUACAGAAUUUGCAGAAGACUCUGUAAGCCCAAUCACUGAAACCGAGUUGAAUAUAGACACAGGUAGGCCCUCGCUGCUGACGGAGCUUCAAUUUCCCGAUUCUUCGUCGCCUGCCCCCAUGGACAUCUCUCCGCGGCCUGUGCACGAUGAUGUUUUUGGCGAUGCAACUGCUAAUGAUGUCUCAACUAGUGGUCGGGAGCCCCUAGAGGAAGGUGAAAUAAUGGAAAACAAUGUUACAAUAAAUGGCUUUGAUUCUCAAGGCAGAUCACAGGCACAUGAUCGCGUCCGUGGAGCUCCUUGGGAUUUGGAAGGUUCUCAUCCUUUUACCAGCUCGGCUGGAUAUAAUAAUACAGGCUCAGCAAGGGGUCAUUCCAGCACUCCCAUUCCUAUUCCCACCUCCACAUCUCCUCGACAGGAUAAUGGGGUUGAAACGCCAGGACCAACUGCAUGGCCUAUGGGUGCUUUUUCAAAUUUGAACGCUCAAAUACUGGCAGGAGCUUCUGUAGGUAUGCCAUCCUUUCAGAAUUUUCUUCCAGUCGGAGAGUAUCCAGGUUGGGAGUUACCAUUUCUGCAUGGAUGGGUUCAAGGUCAACAAGCACAAGCUGGAACAGCUCCAUCGGGACCCCCAUCAAGCGUCCCUGCUCCAGGGCCUUGGCAAAGUGCCCAGGAACAGCAACAGCAGAACGCAGCUGUAUCAGUUGCUUCUGUUGCAAUUGCAGCAGCAAUGGCUGCUGCAAGGGCAGCUGCUCGAGCAGGUGCAGGAAUGGUAGGAGCAGCAAGCGCUAGCUUGGGGGCUGGAAUCGGAGCACAGAUUGGAAUUGGUACUCCAAUGGGGGCUGCGACAGGAUCAGGAGUUAACGCGCGAAUUGGUCCAAGUCACGGCAUAGCUAUCCCUGGAAGAGGAGGUGCCACCAUUGGUGCUGCUGAGGCUGCGGCUGCGCAAGCAGCAAUGGCAGCCGCUGCUGCUGCAGCUGAACUUCCCUGCACUGUGAAGCUGAAGAUAUGGCCUCAUGAUAUCAAGCGUCCUUGUGCACUAUUGGAUCCUGCAACAUGUCGCCUUGUCAUCCCUCAUGCUGUCUUGUGCAGUGAAAUGGGUGCGCACUUUUCACCGUGUGGUCGGUUUCUAGCUGCGUGUGUUGCUUGCGUGUUGCCUAUGGUUGAUUCUGAGUCACGUCGUGGAAAUACGACGGGUUCGCCAGCUCCUGGAUCGUCAGCUCACUCUCCCACUCAGCAUCCUAUCUCUUCACAGCAAGUCAUAUACGAACUACGAGUAUACUCUCUUGAAGAAGCCACAUUUGGACAAGUUCUUGCUUCAAGAGCUGUUAGAGCUGCCCACUGCCUCACCUCAAUCCAGUUCUCACCCACCUCAGGCCACAUAUUGCUAGCGUAUGGUAGACGUCAUAAUUCACUUCUGAGAAGUCUUGUUGUAGACGGCUCAGCAACCAUUCCGAUUCGAGUCUAUACUAUUCUCGAGGUUUACAGAGUUUCAGAUAUGGAGCUUGUGAGGGUAUUACCUAGUGCUGAAGAUGAGGUGAAUGUGGCGUGCUUUCAUCCCCAAGUUGGUGGUGGUCUUGCAUAUGGAACAAAGGAGGGAAAGCUUCGGAUACUAAGACAUGACCGAACACCGUUGCAUUUGAAUCCUCGCUCAGGUUUAGAAGAUGAACUGCUUGAGCUUGCAGAGACUUUGGAUCCAAUGAGCUUUGGCAUGGUCCCCGCCGUCGAGGAUACCCACUGAUGGAAAAUCUGAACUCCCAGUAUUCUUGUGCCAGAAAAGUGCAUAGGUGUGUAUACUUGCCAGGUCUGGUGACUCCUUUUUUGAAGUAGGCUUUGUUUGUUUUAGGCUACUGAACACACCCCAGGUGAAGGAGCUGUAUCGGGAAUGUAAAAGUUCAGAAUGUAGUAUUAUUCAGAAUAUUGGACGCAAUGUCUAUCAAGAAAAAGAGAAACAAAAAAGAACGCAAUGAAAAGGGUUGGAGCACAAUGAUCUGAUUACAGCAUUAUGGCCUACUAAGCUGCAUCAAAUACCUCACACUA